UCACACGCCGUGAUAUUCAAAUCUGGCGGCAUUAUUUGGCAGGUGUAAUUGCCAUAGGUAAUUGCAUCUGAGGAAUUCCCAACCAGUCGGAACGUUAAUUGGAGCCACUAUGUAACUACUUUCCAAACAGUUAUUCUGUGGUUGGAGCUUUUAUAUAUAAACUCGAUCCAACCUGUAUUGUAGUGGUUCGGUUCUUAGCUGAAUAAUUCCAAAAUAUCCCCAACAGAUAGCGCCACAUGCGUUCAAUUUUUAGUACGAAGUUUUUGGUUAGAAAGUUGCAUUUUCUAAUUUCUACGAAGCUAUUUUCUAUGAAAAACAUCCUAAUUUAUUUACAUUUGAAGGUUAUGUUAAUUUUUUCUUUUCAGACAAAUAUAGUGAAAAUAUCUCAACAUUUCAAUCACACUUUUGUACCUUUUGUAUUUUUCCCAAAAAGAUUUUAUCGCUUAAAUAGAUAAGUAGCACAAGUUAGAAAAUUUACUCACAUAAAAGCGAACAUAACCUCAAAAAAAUUUAACAAAAUGUGUUCGAAAACAGAAACAUUACAUUCAAAUUACGAUGACACGUUGGGAUAUUCAAUAAAGUUAUCAGCACCAGGUAAAGUUAUUUUGUUCGGAGAACAUUCGGUCGUUUAUGGAAAAUUAGCACUUGCCGCAAGUUUGGGUUUACGAACACACCUUAAUUUUAUUGAAAACUUUGAAGAUGAUCAUCAAAAAAUCGUAUUAAACUUCGAAGCUGUUAAACUUUAUCAUUCCUACGAUAUCAACGAUAUAAAACGAGAAUUAUUUAAUGAUUCCUCAUCAAAAAUAUUGUUGGAUAAACCAGAAUUAAAUAAUCAUGAAAAAAUCUUAUCGAAAGUUCAAGAUUUUAUAUCAAAAUAUGGAGGAAGUGCCCCAAUACAAAAAUCUCAACAUCAAGCUCUUGUAGCGUUUUUUUAUUUAUUUAUUUCAAUGACUAACCAAUUAGAUGUGACAUCAUUUACAAUCACAGUGAAAAGUGAUUUGCAUAUAGGUGCUGGUUUAGGAAGUUCAGCUUCUUUUUUAGUUGUUAUAUCAGCAGCAUUUUAUAAAUACUUUAGAUUUAAAACCGAAAAUCUUUCUGUGGAAGAUUUAAAUGAACUCUCAUUUAAUAAUCUUGAGUUUAAUAAAAAGAAAUUUACUGAAAAAGACUUAGAAUUGAUAUCAAAAUGGGCUUACAAUGCAGAAAAAAUAAUUCAUGGGACACCUUCAGGACUAGAUAAUACAAUAUGUACUUAUGGAAUGAUGGUUGAGUUUAAGAAAGGGGGGCCAAUCACCCCAUUAAUAUUAAAUCACAAAUUAUCUGUUAUUUUAAUCAAUUCGCAAGUGCCUAAAGACACCAAAGUGCAAGUUGAAAAAGUAGCCUGUUUAAAAGCGAAAUAUCCAGAAGUAGUUAAUAGCAUAUUAAAUGCUAUGGAAGAAAUUGCCUUGAAAGCAUCAACAACAUUAAAAUCAUUAAAUAUUGAAAAUAAAGACGAAGUUGAUAAGAUAUUGGAUGAUUGUGUUAAUAUUAACCAAGGCUUAUUACAAUCAUUGGGAGUUUCUCAUAUUUCUUUAAAUAAUAUUUGUAAUAUUUUAUUGGAAAAGAAAUUACAUGGGAAAUUAACUGGCGCUGGUGGUGGAGGAUACGCAUUUGGGUUUAUUCCAGAAGGUUAUGCAAAAGAAGAUUUGGAUUUUGUUAUUAAAAAUCUUGAAAAAAAUGGAUAUGAAUCGAAAAUUAUUGAAUUAGGUGGAGCAGGACUUAUCAAUCAUUAAGAAAAGUACAUUUAUAGUUUUUCUUUAAUUAAAUUGUUAUAUUUAUGAAAUAUAAUUUAUUAAAUUUGACAAAUUUUAAA